CUCCCACUUCCCAAUCGCCGCCCGUUUCUACAAAGCUUCACAAUUCCCACCUCUCUAACGAGGACUCCCAAGUUCCGCCGAGCAUACACUUCGCCUCUCUUCUUCUUCUUCUUCUCCCACGUACACAUACAUCCCUACAUCUAUACACUCAUAUCCACCAUUCGAGGCCCCUAUGCGAGGAAAUGGAGUCGAACAUGUCUUCGGAAGAGCCCUCUCUCCAGCCUCCCCAGCCGCCCCAGCCGCUGUCUGAGUUCAGGCCCUUCCCCCGGCUCCCCGUCGAGCUACGCGUCAUGAUCUGGAAGGAAACCUUCCACCCGCGUCACGUGGAGAUGCACCCGCACCGGCCCAGGCCGGACAGAAGUGACGCCACGGGCUGGGAGUCUCGUAGCGAGAACCCGAUAGCCCUGUACGUCUGCCAGGAGUCGCGUGCUGUCACGGAGGAGCGCUACCCUGUCAAGUUCACCGUCUUCAAGCCGGUGGCCCGGAUCACCGGCCCGCCCGACGAGAGCCCCGCCCGCGCCCACCCCCAGCGCUUGGUCCGCAUGGACCUGAACGUGGACACGCUCGUCAUCCUGGACGAACCGCCGGACGGGUCCCUUGGCGACCUCUACGAAUCCGCCCAGGCCCAGGACCCGUUGGGCUGGGGUCUGCGCUUCCUCGGCCUCGGCAGGCGCUGCUGGACCGGCCAGCUCUGCCGCGAGGUCAUCGCCGCCGCCACCGGCAAAGGCUGCCUCUCCCGCCUCGACCGGCUUCUCUUACUCAUGUACAGAGACGACUUCCCCCCCGACGCCUUCCACGCCGGCGACUGCGACUUUGAGAGGGCCGAGGGCACCGACUCGUUUCAGCGCAACAUCGCCGAUGCCGCCGACAACUUGCACCGCCUCGAGGACUACCAGAAAUCUGUACGCCUAGCCCCGGAUCAGCUACAGUUCAUGAAUUUAGCGUUCGUCAACAACCCGAGGUUUAAUUGUCCGGUUGAGCGCUGCCUGAGCGGGAAUCUUGACGUUAGCAUGUAUUAGCAACCAUGCAGCUGGGUCUGUUGGGCGGGUUUCAUCUGGGGGACGUGAUGCGGAUAGCGGAGUACAGAGUGGUCAGGUUCUCGAACACGGCUCUUGUUUUCCUUUCUAUCCGAGUGCUGUGAAAUAGUAGGUACGCAAUGCCGGACGGG